AUGAGUCAACCAAUUACAAGUCAAAAACGGGAAGCAGAAGCUGAUGGUGCUGCGGUCUCACCAAGAGAAAGUGGAAUCAAAACAGAAAUCAUUGAUGAGUCUGCGUCAGCGGUGAGCGACGGAACAGAUCUUGCUACCGCCCAAUAUGAAUCGAUCACGGUUUUGAGGAAAGAAAACGCCGUCAACGACAGCAUUCUCUUCUUGAGGAAAGCUGAAGGUAUCGUGGCAGGACACACAGCUAUGUUUCCUGAGUUUAAAACAUGGCAAGACCAAACGAAGCAAAUUCUCAGUGGCAUCAAACGCCCUCGUGUGCUUGUCGGGGUUCUUGGAUAUACCGGUAGCGGCAAAUCAUCCCUAAUCAAUGCGCUCAUCGAUGAGGAAAUGGUAGUUCCCGCAAAUGCAAUGCGUGCCAGCACGUCGGUGGUCACAGAAAUUUCAUGGAACGACUCUGAUGAUCCUGAAAAGGCCUUUCGCGCUGAAAUUGAGUUUAUCAGCGAGAUGGAAUGGAAAGAAGAAAUGGAUAUUUUAUUGGAUGAUCUAAAGAACGCCACUAAAGGAGAAGACGUUUCUGUUAAAUCUGGUAGCGAGGCAAGCACCGCUUUUGCGAAGAUAUCUGCAGUUUGGCCUAGCGUCACUCUUUCCAAACUUAAGGGCAUGACUUCACAGGAACUUUUUGACCAAAUCGAUGGCGUCUCUAAUAUAUUGGAUUGCCAUUUGGAGAUCGCAGAGCGCAAAGCCAAGCCCUUUUCACGAGAGAUCAACAAAUACAUCGAUUCAAAUAACAAACAAAAAUCCUCAAAUGGGAUAUCCUUCUGGCCUUUGGUGCGUUGUGUUCGCAUAUACACAAAGGCUGAGAUCCUUCGACAUGGGCUCGUAUUAGUCGAUCUGCCUGGCCUAGGAGACUCUAACACAGGUCGAACGCAAGUCGCUGAAACUUACGCCAAGAAACUUACUUACGUAUGGAUCGUGGCUGAUAUUGUUCGUGCAAUCGAUGAUCAGGUCGCCAAGGAUCUAAUGGGUAAAUCGUUCAGAAGACAACUACUCAUGGACGGUAAGUACGAUGAUAAAUAUGUCACCUUUAUCAUGACGAAAACCGACAUUAUCAACAAUGAAGAGGUUAUAGAGUCAUUGCAGCUUCGUGAGAAGAACCUGAAGGAUAUUCUGGGCCGAGAAGCAGAUAUUUUGAAGGAGAUACAAGAUGGCCAGCAAAAAUUGGCUCAGAAAUCUACUAAACUCAAGAAGAUAAAACGGGCACUGAGGUUGCUCUUGAGUAAUGUCGAGUCGACAAAAGCUGACAAUUCUGCAUCACGCAAGCGCAAGCGCAAACAUGCCAAGGAACACAGGACAGGAGAUGGGCACCAACCAUCGGGUGACUCGAAGUCUACAGACAUGGAGAUACCAAGUAAAAGACUCUUGACGAAGAAGAAAGCGCAUAAUGUCAAGGCCAUGAAGAUGCUUGGAAAGAGGCUCACUGAGUUGAGACUCAUACUCAAGUCGAUUAGGAACGAUAUUAAAGCUGCCUGUACGCAAGCUCGUAGCAGGUACACUCAAGAGCAUCUCAGGAUGGACUUCGAGAAUGGGCUGCGAGAGUUAAAACAGGAUAUGUCCGAUGAUUCCAUUGACGAGAGGCAGCUUGGAAAUGUGGACGAAGCGGAAAGUAAAGAUCUGGUGUACCAACGAGGUCUCACUGAAAAGCUCCAAAUCUUUUGUGUAUCCUCUAAGGGCUACCAGAGACUCUGUGGGCGCUUCAAGCGAGACCCAAUGCCAAACGGAUUCACAACAAUCAAAGAUACAAAUAUCCCCAAACUACAAGAGUAUGCAGCAGCAUCUACUUUGACAGUCCGCGUAAAGAUAGCCGACUCCUUCUUAAAUGAGUUCAAUCUUCUCAAGGUGAGUAUAAAUUCAUGGGCCGAAAACGAUUCGCCAAACUCCCUGUCAGUGUCUCAAACGCGCAAACUUAAUGCAAUGUUGGAGGAAAAGUUGGAAACUCCUCACAAGACCUUUAGUCAUGCUUUGACUAUUGCAAUAUCGCGUAUCCGCGAGAUCAUCACGACCGAUAUCCUCCCGACUUUACGAAGCUGCAUUCGAGCGAGUACAGAAAAGGCCGAGGAGGCUUGUAAGAAACUCAUGAACGCAGACACUUCUUACCAGACCUGGAAAGCUAUUUGCCGUAGAUUUGGCAAAUUUAAUAACAAGAAGAACGCCAUGUAUGAUUGGACCGGUGUGUUCUUAGAGCCGUUCUGGGGGCAACUCGCCCAGCCUUGGGAUAAGGUAUUCAAUUCGCAAAUGCAGAGUGUUCACGACAGGUAUGCUGGAGCCUUGGUCCGAGCAAUUAGAGUGUUUUCAGUCGACAUAAGACCCCUCCUCCAAAGCAUGUCCGAAGCCUCAUCAUCCAGAUCACCAAUCGAUUUCUUGGCUAAGAUACCCUACCUGGAGAAGAAGACGAAAAGUGCAGUAUCCGGUUCUUUGAGCUCGGCUCAACGUCAAGCACAAGAUAUUCAUCGACUAAUUGAGCCACUGAUUCAGCAUCAUAUGCGCCCUGCGUAUGAAAAGUGUAGCCAGGAAUCCAAAACAGGAGCUCUUGGCCGGAUGAAAGAGCACCUCCUUGAACACAUCAAGAGAAGCAAUGAAGUCAUGUAUCGCGAGUCAUCAAGCUUGCUCAAUGCAAAACUGAACAAAAUGACGACCAAUAUUGAGGAGUUAUUGAAAGAGGCGCAUUCUGCCACAUCCCGUUACCUCAGAGAAGAGGUCAAUAAUAUGAUAAUGUGGGCAGUCGCGAAGGAUGACGAGACCCGAGAGAACGUCAGGGAGACUGUACGCAAAGAGCUAACUGUACAGUUGGAUGCCUUGGGAGUGGCAUGGGCUAGAGGUGCUUCUGAGCCCACGGAUCGUUUUCUCUCGUUGAAGACAGAGACAAAGCUAGAUGACGACAGCAGUGAGGACAACGGCGAGGAUGAUGAUAUUAGUGAUGAUAGCGACAGCAGCGACAACAUUGAUGUCGGCGAUAACAGUGAUGAUAGUGAAGAAGCUGAAGGUACCAGUGAUGACAUGGAAGACUCGUGA